UAAAAAUUAAAAUUUUUUUUUUCAACAAUACUAAUUGAAUGUUAGCAAUAAUUUGUGAUGUUCGUAUCUGGCGUAAAAUAAUUGAAUAAACAAACGAAAUCCAUGAGAUUCGUGUAGUUCUAUUAAGUUAAUUAUGAAUUUAUAUAGUAUAUACUAUAUUAUAUACAUAAUAUAUUUAUUUAUAAAUUUACAUUAUACUACAUUUUAAAGAUAUAUUAGCGUACGAAAUUAAAAAAAUCGCAUUUAUUGAGCCUCGUUAAGGAAAUUGUAUCCACACGCUUUAAAUUAUUAUCGAAUUUGUAUACUCUUAAGUCACAUAUUAAAUAUCUAUUAGAAGUUAAUGCUUUAGCUUAGGUAUUAUUUAUUGAACAUUGACCGUAUUAAAUAUUAAAAAAACAAUACAUCUUAUGUAAUUAAUGUACUAAUAUAGAUUGAUAUCGUAUAAUAUAUAUUAUAUAUAUUAUAUAUACCAAAAUAUAUUUAUAAACGGAUUGUAAAAUGUUAUAUCAGUGAUUCAAUUUAUAAAUAUCAUCAAUUGUAUCGGUCACAGACCACAGUAGAGCCUGAAAGCUCCUUUUUUUUUUUAGAAAAGAGACGGACUAGGUUAGUUUGUACUUUGUAUAAAUUGUCUGUUUCUGUCUUUCUCGAUUGAACAAUAGGAGUAUUACAUAACAAUGAACGCACAUUUCAAUAUUUCAUACGUUAUUUUAAUGAAGAUAAAAUAGGAUUAUUCAUCAUAAUAGAGUCUAUGUUCCAUAUUUCUGAAAUUAAUUAUGCAUUAAUAUAAAAUUACAAUUAGGGUACAUUGACUUUGAAUACAACUAUUGUCUUUAUUGUAAUAAUAUGACGUAGACAUUUCUUCUUCUCAAAUUAGUAAAGUUUCUCAAAAUAAUAAUGUAUUUUAUGUAUUUAAGUAUAGAAAAAUGAAUAUAAUUUUCUAUCGGUAUAAUAUGAAAUAAAUCGGGAGUCCAACACUGCUACGCGCUCACGGCUCAGUUUCUAUAGUAACGUACGGUUUUUACCGUCACUGCUGUAGAUCAAUACUAUAUUCUCCUCUCUACAUACCUACUACUACCCUUGAUUAUUCCAUGCAGACCUUACGUUGUUUACGUUAUUUACGCAUUAUCUCGUCGUCUGUUGAACACAUUUGUUCGAUACUAUAUUAUUACAUUUUGUUUUGUUUUGAUUUUUUUCAAUAAAUCGCGAGUUGCGUGAUCAGUGUUAAAACAUAGGCACGUAAUUUAUAACAAACGAAUAGAUGUUAUUAAAUUAAGUGUGACACGUAAUAUUUACAAACUUAAAUAUCUAGUUUUUUCAAGUUUACAAAGCUCGAAAGUCGCAUUCAUAUAACAGAAUGCAUAGCUUUGGUUUGCAGUCAGCUUUGGCGAUUCGACGUCAGCGUAAGAGACGAGCUGAACUUAAACGACACAUGGAAAGACGUCGCCUUAGUUCUCAAUCGAUAGAAAGUGGGAUUCAUGGUUCUAAAUCUACAGUAACAAGCCCAACAGAAUACCAUGGAUCUGUUGGUAGUCUAUCACAUGCGCCUAGAAGAAGAAAGAGACCACCUAAAAUGCUUGAUACUAAAGUCGCUUCUAGUAUAGGCAUGCUUCAUGUUGGUGUAGUGUUUCUAGUUUUGGGCCUUUUUUUAAUCGGGUCUGGCAUUAUACCAGAUGAUUAUGUUUCUUGGGGUUCAAAAAAUUGGGUUAAUGAACUUGUAAUAACUGGUAUAACUUCAAGUAUAAUUGGUAUCUUUUUGCUUAUAUUGAAUCAUUUUAUUAACCGCAAAGCAGAAUCAGAUUUAGCUGCUUACGUGGAACGCCAAUUGACCAGAACAAGAUCCGGUAGAAGACUGGUGCCAGAUGCAGAGACUGGUGCUAUGCAUACAAAACAACAACAAAAAGCAAGACAACAGAAUCAAAGUCAACAGCAAAAUUCUCCUGGUUCAGACCUUGAUCAAAUUGCUGAAGAAGAAGCAUCUGGUUCGGAAUAUAGACCUGUUGACCAAUAUAAUUCUGAAAUAGAAAGACAGCGUCCAGGCAGGACCCAUAAUGCAUACAAUAGAGAAUUAUUGGUAACACGGUGUUAUGAUACAACUGAAGCAUAGUAAGUUGUAAUAAAUUAACUCAAUAAGAAGUUAGAAAAAAAAAAAUUACAUUAAAAUAAAUUACUUUUAAGAAACUUAAUUUAUAUUUAAAUUUUAACUUAAAUUUAUUUAAUUUGCCUGUUUUUAAUGAAUGAAUGUAUACAUUGACUUCCUUAAUUACCUAAUAUUUAAAUAUUUAAUUAUACCUAUAUUUUAUACUUGUAAUUUGAUAUUUUUAUACUAUUUAGUUGAAUUUUUUAGUUUUGUGUUUAAAUAUUGUUAAUUAACUAUUAAUGCACAAUAUAUUUAGUGAACAACCAUCAUUCAAUUGAUUAAAAUAAAUAUUGUAUUUAUUGUUUUGCUUGUAUUAUAAUAAUUUUGGUUUGAAAAUUAUAUUAUCAACUUAAAGAUACCCUAAACAGUAAAAUCACAAGAUAGAAAGUUAUAUUUUAAUUUAUGUUAAGAAAAAAUUAUAAGAAAUUAGUUUAUAAUUAGUUAAUGUUUUUUGUUAUGUUUUUAGAUUAAUAUGUUAUGUUAUUUAAAUCAUUGAAUCAAUAAUCGUAUCAUAAUACUACUAUGAAGCUAAUUUUAUUUUAAGUAUAAAUGAGUAUGUAUAUUAAAUAUUUCAUGAAGAAUUUCUUUUGGAAGACUGAAAAUAUUAAUUUACGUUCCAUUUUUAGUUUAAACAAAUAUUUUUUUUUGCAAUCAUUGUACUUUUAAUUCUUGCUCAACACUUUUCUUUAUUUUGAAAAAUUCAAAAAUGAACACCGGGGAUCAAAGAAGUAUUAAUUGUUUCAAGUUAUGCUAUUUAUUAUUAUUUUAUUACGUAAUUAUGACCCCCCACUUUAAAGAUUAAAACAUAUUAUUGUUUUAAUUUCCAUGUAAAAUGAUUUGGUUAAUAUUUAGAGAAUUAACCUCAGUGUUCAUAACUACUAUUUGAUUUGAACCAUGUUCUUGACUUGAAUGAAAUAACUUGCACUGUGAUUUUUGUGUUUAUAUAUCUAACUAAUGAUAAGUAUAAACAUAUUAUAUAUUAUAUAAUAAUGCAUUGAAUAUUAAAUUUUUAUAAAUAACUUAUUGUAUCAUUCAUCUAAUUAUUUAAGUAGAAUUAAUUUAUUUAAAAUUACUAUAUUUAUUAUGAUUGCUUAACAUAUUUAAAUUAAAAUAACUAUCUAUUAUUGACAUUUUAAUAUUCAUCAAAAUAAUAAAAUAAAGUUUUUUAAUCAUA